UUUAUACAAAGCAUCACACCAUAUGUCUGGUUCUCUCAAUUUAGUUGUACGAUAAUGAAAUCGUCCUUCUGUAACUAAUGUUGAUAGUAAUAAUGCGGACUUUGAUACCAUAUGUCCGGAUGUCAUGUGACUCUUUUAUCAGAUGUUUAUAAAACUUGUAACGUUAUAUCGCGUCAUUAAAUGUAUUUCUGGUUACUACCGGUUUCACAUAUUGUCGGAGACACAUUGUCGUGUUUGUACGCUGUUUUAAUACGAAAUAACAUUAAGUAAUAUUUUUAUACGCAAUAUACGGAAUAGUACUGUAACAAUGGCUAUAAAUGCUGCAAAAGUUAUGCUCAGACAAGGAAAAAGUGUAUUAUUCAUUUGCGAUAUUCAAGAAAAAUUCGUCAAGGCUAUAUUUCAAUUUGAUAAAAUGGUGCAAAACUCAACGAAAUUGAUCAAUUGUCUAAAAAUUUUGAAUGUACCUGCAAUAGUUACUGAGCAAAAUCCAAAGGCUUUAGGAAAAACUAUUCCUGAGAUUGAUAUUUCUGGAGCUAAAGGACCUUUUGCAAAAACCCAAUUUAGUAUGUGCACUUCUGAAGUUCGCAAAGAACUUGCAACAAUUUGUGACGGAGAAAGACCAAACUCUAUCAUACUAAUAGGCCUUGAAACACAUGUGUGCGUGGAAAAUACAGCUAUUGACUUAAGACAAAGAGGCUAUGAAGUUCAUACUGUAGCAGACUGCUGUUCUUCACGUACUCAAGAAGACAGAAUAUUAGCUUUAGAGAGAAUGCGAGACAUAGGAUGCCACAUAACUACUUCUGAGAAUGUAGUAUUCAAACUUUUACAGGAUGCAAAUCAUGAAAAAUUCAGAAAUGUACUGACUUUCAUUAAAACACCAAGUCUAUACACAGGAUUAGUUCCUGAUUCAAAAAUUUGAAUAUUUUAAAGUUAUUUUUAUAUAUUUUAUAUCUGCAUUAAUAUAU